AUGGUCCGCGGCCGGCAAUUCGUCGCCGCGCGCGUCUACGACACGGUGCAGGCCCUGACUGCUAACCCGAAAUACGUGCCGCCGCCAUGGCUCCAGGCGCUGACGCACAUCCCGCCCUCCGAGAUUCUUACUCGGCCCUACCCGAUCCAGCACACUGACCCGAGCCGGCGCGACAGGGGAAAGCGCAAGAUCCCCGGGCUGUACCGGCCAACCAAGAUUGUGCAUCCCGAGGACUCCCUGCGCGCUCAGUUCUAUCGUGAUCACCCGUGGGAGCUGGCCCGCCCUAAGCUGCUGCUGGAGUUGGAUGGUCAGGAUGCGAGAUAUAGGGAUUGGAGUAAGGGGCUUAGGCAGCCGGGGAUGGCGCUGAGCGGGGAGUGCGUCGUGCAAUACCAACUCUGGCUGAUGGAAAACAAGGGCCUCUCCCGUCGCAAAGCCUACGACAUCGCGCGUAAAGAGUUCUACAAGCUCCGCCAACAAGAAGAGAUCGAGAAGCGGGUGGCUGUCGAGGAGGCACGCUACUACGGUGCCUACUUUGGCAAGUCGGAUCUGCAGGUUGGCAUGGAGCUGGAGGAUGCCGCAUACGAGGAAUGGAAGAAGUGGGCUACGGCAGAGAUCGAGCGCAUCGAGCUCGAGCGCAUGGCCGCGUACACUGAGGUGAUUGAUACCACGGGCGAAAGUGGUGCUGCGUUGGACGAGGAUGUUGAGGCGAACUAG